AUGAACAGCAUGGAGACCAUCAUCGCUGAGGAGUUGAAGAUUGCACCCUUCUCGCCACAACUCUCGGUGAGCACCUGCGAUGCGGCUAAAGUUGAAGCUCCCAUGGGGCGCGCUAUCUCAGAGGCGUCCACGUGCAGCAGCGAAGAGGGCUUCGCAAUGCGGCAGCAACGACUGUGGGUUCGGGCCAUGGACUCUCACUGGAAGCUGUCCCGAAAGGAUCUUCAGAUGAAGAAAGAGCUCAGCAGGACUUUGAAGAGUACACUCUACCAAGCAUCAUGGCAAGGCGUCGAUGUGGUGGUGAAGUGUGCGGGCUUGCACGACGACUCCACGUGCAGGCAGCUCCAGUCCAAUCAUGGCGGUCAGGCAAGCCUCGAAGUUGUUCCCAGCGACUCCGACGACAAAGAGAUUACCGAUGAGCUCUUGCACGAAAUCGAUCUUCUUUCUUCCCUGCGACAUCCUGACCUCGUCAUGUUCCUGGGGGCGUGCAUUGAUCAGCAGCUGCCUAUCAUGUGCGUGACCGAAUUCCUGCCCAAGGGCGACUUAGAGCAUUACUACAUGGCCCAGCGCAAGAAGCACGACGUGGCAUUCUGGCGUCCCGGUCUCCAGCAGGUGCUGGACUGGAGUGCUGCCAUCGGGCGUGCUCUCAACUUCUUGCACUGUCGCGAUGUGGUACACCGCGACCUCAAGCCUAUGAACCUCCUGCUGACAAAGCAUUUGGAGAUCAAGGUGUCCGAUUUCGGCAUUAGCCGAUUGAUCGCGAACCGCAAUGGCGAAGGCUACUCAAUGACUGGUGGGGUGGGCAGCUGGCGCUACAUGGCACCUGAGGUGGUGCGGCACCAGGCGUACGAUGAGAAGGUUGACAUCUACGCAUAUGGCCUCAUCAUGUAUUUCAUGAGCUCUGGGAAGGCUCCGUUCCACCAGCUUGGUCUGAAUCCGGAG